GUUAACAAUCGUUUCCAGAAGAUAACGCAUUUUUGCCACAACAAAGUCACAUAGGACUGUUAUGCAUUUAUGGGCAGUAUGUAACAAGAGAGAAUCGAACUGACUGGUAUUAAGCCAACCAACCUUAAUUGAAUUACCAUUUUAACAUAUUUAUGGUCAUGGUCGUGGUUUGGUCGUCGUAGGACUUUUAGAAUGACUUAUUGUAUUUAUUAAAUUGAUCUCCACCAGUGUAUUCGAUCUUGAAAGUCAUCCUAUAAUGUUUACCAAACUCCACCUUAAAUACGUCCCACCACGUGUCUCAACGGUCAUUCCUAACUUUCCCAUGUUUUCACACCCCUGACCGAAAUUACCAUGGCAACUGGUAACUCAAACAAUGUCCUGAGUGGUAUGGAAUCACCACCCUCCUGACGAAUGAUAUGUUGUGUGUAACUGAAUGCUGGUUGUAGUCAGUGAGAUACAGAACUCGACGGCGGCAGUUCCUUCCCAACGCUCCCUGGUACGAAUUGUUUUGAAACUAUAGUAGUGGCACCUCCUUAAACAGUCAGUGGAAAUGUAAUGUGUACCCAAGCAAAAUGGUUAAACUUUAAAUGCAUUCAAUUGCCUCCCCCUUAGUAUCGUCGCUUACUGAAGUCUUGUACUUGUUCGGUUAUGCAAUAACUAUGCAUUCUUCAUCAGCCCCAAUCUGUUUUGUGCAAAUCUUGUGAAGAAGUUCAGUUCUCCGUUGCAGCCAAUAAACUUUUGCUUCUUUGUCGUCUCGGACUGGUGAUUGCUGCAAUAACGUAGAAAGUAUUGUGCUAGGGCUAUGUACUACACAUGCACGGCAGACGUGCAUGGAUUGGGAAAUAACAAACUCACUGGCUGCCAUUAGGAACCAUAUAUCCGCAUAGUAGACCAGCUGCUACUGUGGCCUUGCCGAAAUAGGACCACCUCAAGGAAAGGACACGUGUGCAGCGAGAGGACGCCACAGUCGAGCAGAGCCGUCGAGAUUGGUCGGUACUUACUGCUGCUUACAUGUGUGUGAUCGAUACCAACGAACCGACGACCAUGGCCAAUCGAGGCACCAGUCAUUGAUGCAGACGACGCGGGAACCGGAAUCGGUUAUGGUAGACAAGAAAAUUACCUAUCCCAGUCGAUUGGAGAAAGUGUGAAUCAACAUCCAGCGCAGCGGUGGUGGCCUUGACAUCGUUUUCCGUGAACGUUUUUGUUAACCCCUAGGGACGGCCCUCUCACCAGCAACCAUGGGUCUCUUCGAUAAGCUGGCCAACAUGUUGAAGAUCAAGAAGGAACAGAUCAACAUCCUGGUUGUCGGGUUGAACAACAGCGGUAAAUCGACCAUAGUGAACCACUUCAAGAAUCCGGACGAACGGGCAUCGAUCAUAGUGCCAACGGUUGGAUUCAACGUGGAACGAUUUCAGAAUCAGGGAGUAUUCUUCACUGCAUUCGACAUGUCCGGUGCCACGCGCUACCGAAGUCUUUGGGAGCAUCAAUUCAAAUCGUGCCAGGGUAUCGUAUUUGUCAUCGAUUCGAGCGAUCGGAUGCGAUUAGUGGUCGUGAAGGACGAGCUGGAACUGCUAAUGCAGCACCCGGACAUCGCCAACCGACGGGUACCGAUCCUUUUCUUUGCCAACAAAAUGGACUGUACGGAUGCGCUGAGCAGUGUGAAGAUUGCCGCCGGGCUAGGGUUGGAGAAGAUCAAAGACAAACCGUGGCACAUCAGCUCGAGCAAUGCACUGACCGGGGAGGGACUGCAGGACGGCGUCCAGUGGAUGGUACAUCAGAUUCGGGAGUGUGUCGCUAGCUCUAAGGAUAAUGGUUAAGAGUUGCGUCGUAGCGCGUAGCACAAUAGAUAUCAC